UUAAGGCGAGGCUUUGAACGCGACCAGAACCGGACUUCUGUCGCAAAACUUCCCACUCCUUCACCAUGGCUGAAAUGGUUCCGGUUCUUGCUACGCUGGCGUUCUGCUUGCACGCCAUUAACGCGGAGAUAGCCUUGACUCAGUCCCCAUCUAUCUCAACUUCGCCGGGGGGGACCGUUAAGAUCACCUGUACCAUGUCAGGCGGCAACAUCGGGAGCUAUUACACGAGCUGGUACUGGCAAAAACCCGGCAGCGCCCCCGUCCUUGUGUGGGAUGAAUAUAACGACCGAGCCUCGGGAAUUCCAGAUCGGUUUACCGGUUCUGUGGAGUCGUCAAGCAACCAGAUGUAUUUAACCAUCACCAACGUGCAGCCGGAAGAUGCUGCUGAUUAUUACUGUGGUGUGGCGAGCUCUGGUAUACUCACCUUCGGGAAAGGAACCAAACUGAAUCUGAGCAAGCCGCGCCCGCCGGAGGUUUCCAUCAUGCGACCUUCAGCAGAAGAAAUCAUGAGAAAGAGCACCGCCACCCUGGUGUGUCUGGUGAGCGGGUUUAAUCCGGGCGCUGUGGACAUUGAGUGGACUGUGGACGGCAGUGCGAGAAGGGAUGGCGUUGAGACCAGUCGGGUCCAGCAGGAUACUGACAACACGUUCAGUGCGAGCAGUUACCUGACUCUGCCAGCCUCAGUCUGGAACUCACACGAGCUUUACUCCUGUGUGGUUAAACACGAGACUCAGGCAAACCCGCUCAAGGCAAUCGUCGAGAGAUCCGGUUGUAUGUGAUUCAACCAGCCUAUGUACUAUUUCGUUACCGUUGAAAAUAAAUAUCAUGUUUCGAUAUUA